CGCAAAGCGUGAAAAAGAGAAGAGGAUUUGACUUCGUUUUGAUUUUGAUUGAGAGAAACAAAAGAAGGAAUGAAGAAGAAAAUUCAAUCCAAUUGAAUACAACUUUGACGUCCGUAAACAUACUUUCUCUCUCCUCAACUUUCUCUCUCUACCAAAAAAGAAUUACUACUAUACAGCUAAGAAGCUGAAUCUAUCUACUGGAUGGAAGAGCAGUGAAGUUCAAAAAAAGGUGAAGCUAAAAUUUGUGUUUUUUUUUUUGGUGCUUCUAGUUCCGUGUAAGGAAUCUACUCAAUCUUCGGUGGGUCGGUGUUGAAAUUGUCUUCUGGUAAGGUUGGCUAGGGUUAAGCUAUCUUUCUCGGGAAGGAGGGAAAAAUUGACACAAAAUUGAACAACUCUUGCAGUGGAUGAUGCAGCAAAAGAAAUUUACUUGAGCGGAAAGAAGUCUGAAAUUGAAUGACCUUAUUGGUUUUGCUUGGUUCUCUGCCUAGUGCUUUCUUCGGAGCAAUUGAAGUUUCUUCAGCUUAGUGGGGGAUUUGAUGCCAUUUUUUUAUGAGUUUUCUCUACUCACUUGAGGCUUUUAUGCCAUCUUUAAGAAAGUUUCUAUAUUUGAUCAAGUGUUAGUAGAUUGUGUACUUCUUGGUAAAAAAUGGUUCCAACAGGACCUCCUAAUCCAAUUGGAGGUUCCCAGUCAGUACCGGCUUCAUUAUUGCGAUCAAAUUCUGGUGUAAUGGGUGGUCAAGGGGGCUCCAUGCCUUCACCUGGUGGUUUCCCUUCUAUGGUUUCUCCUCGGACGAUGUUUGGUAACAUGCAUAUGCUAGGGAAUGCUUCCAAUGUUUCACAUCAGUCCUUUGCAAAUGGAGGUCCUAACACUGGGCUGGCUGGACCAGGAAGUUCUCAGCGUGGUCCUGUUGAUAAUGGGGCUGAGAGUGACCCACUUUCUGGUGUAGGAAAUGGGAUGGGUUUUAGCGCUCCUUCAACGUCAUUUAUGUCAUCAGCCAUGGUGACAAAUCCUGAUAGCAGUCGAGUUCAAGGACAGCAGUUUCCUAACCCCGCCGGUAAUCACAUGUUGACUGACCAACAACGAUCCCAACAGCUUGAUUCCCAGAAUUUUCAACAUAAUCAACAGUUGCAGCAGUUUCCUUCCCCUAUCAAUUCCCAAGCACAGCAACAGCAGCAUCAAUUUCAAUCCAUGCGUGGCGGACUAGGAAGUUUGGCACCUGUCAAAAUGGAGACACAGGUGACGAAUGAUCAAACACCGCAGCAAUUGCAAGCUCUGAGAAACUUGGCACCUGUAAAAAUGGAACCGCAACAGAUUCAAAGUAUGAGAGGUCUUGCACCUGUCAAAGUAGAACAACAACAAUCUGACCCAUCUUUAUUUCUACAUCAACAACAGCAGCAGCAAUUUCUUCAGAUGUCUAGGCAGUCCCCUCAAGCUGCUGCUGCAGCACAGCUUUUGCAUCAGCAGAGGUUAAUGCAGUUCCAGCAUCAUCAUCAACUCUUGAAGACUGCUCCUCAACAACGAAACCCAUUACAACAACAAUUUCAACCACAGAAUCUUGCUGUCAGACCUCCUGUAAAGCCAGUAUAUGAGCCCGGGAUGUGUGCCCGUCGUCUGACUCAUUAUAUGUAUCAGCAGCAACAUAGACCUGAAGACAAUAACAUUGAGUUCUGGAGGAAAUUUGUUGCUGAGUAUUUCGCUCCCAAUGCCAAGAAAAAAUGGUGUGUAUCUAUGUAUGGAAGUGGUCGGCAGACUACUGGAGUUUUUCCUCAGGAUGUGUGGCACUGCGAAAUAUGCAGCCGCAAGCCAGGCCGUGGGUUCGAAGCGACUGCCGAGGUUUUGCCCAGGCUUUUCAAGAUCAAGUAUGAAAGUGGAACUUUGGAAGAACUUCUCUAUGUCGAUAUGCCCCGUGAAUAUCAGAAUUCAUCUGGGCAAAUAGUCCUAGAUUACGCAAAAGCAAUUCAGGAGAGUGUCUUUGAGCAACUUCGUGUUGUCCGUGAUGGUCAGCUUCGACUAGUGUUUUCACAACCUGAUUUGAAGAUAGUUUCUUGGGAAUUUUGUGCACGACGUCAUGAGGAGCUUAUCCCUAGAAGAUUGUUGAUACCUCAGGUUAAUCAACUUGGUGCUGCAGCUCAAAAGUACCAGGCCGCCACCCAAAAUGCAUCAUCUAGUGCGUCUGUUUCUGAGUUGCAGAAUAAUUGCAAUAUGUUUGUCGCUUCAGCUCGUCAGCUUGCAAAAGCUUUGGAAGUUCCGUUAGUAAAUGAUUUAGGAUAUACAAAGAGAUAUGUGAGAUGCCUACAGAUAUCAGAGGUGGUUAAUAGCAUGAAAGAUUUGAUUGACUAUAGCAGGGAGACGGGGACCGGACCCAUGGAGAGCUUGGCUAAGUUUCCUCGUAGGAAUGGUUCCUCAGCUGGAGUACAAGGUCCAGUUCAAUCAACCGAGGAUCAGCAGCAGCAGCAGCAGCAGCAACAACAACAGCAGCAGCAGCAGCAGCAACAACAUACACAUCAAACUGUCAAUAGCUCGAACCAUGAGACGACUUCACAGUCUGGUGUACCACCACUACCUUUGAGCAAUGGUAUGUCGAAUGUAAACAACUCUGUGAACCAAGUACCUGCUACUUCGUCUAGUGGUACUGUUGUUGGAUUACUGCACCAAAAUUCCAUGAACUCCAGGCAACAAAAUCCUGUGAAUGGUGGAAGUAGUACCUACUCAGGAAAUGCUGUCCAAAUGCCUUCCCCUAAUUCUUCAAGUACAAUGCCUCAGUCUCAACCCAACUCUUCUCAAUUCCAAUCUCCAACACCAUCAUCAUCCAACAAUCCACCACAAGCUGUACACAGCGGCUUAUCAUCAGUGCAACACAUGAACUCUGCAAAUUCCCCAAAAAUCACAAUGCAGCAACCAGCCCAUUCAAGUGACGUGGAUGCUAAUGACUCUCAGAGUUCUGUACAAAAGAUCAUACAUGAAAUGAUGAUGUCUUCACAGAUCGGUGGCGGUGGCAUGGUAGGUAAUGGUACUAUUGGGAAUGAUAUGAAAAAUGGACAUGGGAUGUUGGCAACAAGUAAUAAUUCCCUUCUCAAUGGAAGCAAUUGCCUUGUUAGGAAUGGGACAGCCAAUGCUAACAAUACGGGUAUUGGUUCUGGAUUUGGGAGUAUGAACAAUGGACUGGGCCAAGCUGCAAUGGUUAAUGGAAUGCGUGCUGCAUUGGGUAAUAACCCUUCAGCCAUGAAUGGGUUAGUGGGCAUGACAAUGGUGAGAGAACACAAUAUGAGUCAACAGCAACAAGAUCUGGGAAACCAACUGCUUAGUGGUCUAGAAGCUGUCAACGGUUUUAACAACCUGCAGUUUGACUGGAAAACUUCUCCUUGAAAAGGUUCAGGUUGGCAAUUAUUAGUUUAUGUUCUGCCGCUUGUGUUGCAAAGAUCAUUUGAUAAGUUUGCCUCUCAUGAUGAGAGUAGCUAUGGUUGCUGAAGCAGAAGUGGCUUCAAAGCUUGCCCCUUCUGUACUGCUUUGAGUGGUAAGGACAACGUAUAGUGUGGCAUCUUAACAGCUGAAAUGGUAUCUCAUUCGAGAGUGCAAUUCUGACUUGGUGUUGGCUGGUUUGUCGUAGCUGCUCCUUUAAUGGGACAUUCAGGGAAUGACUUGGCUAAUAGACAGCUAAUUCAAUCUGUUUAUACCAUGUGGAGGCAUUUGUUAACUAUGUAUCGGCUGAGCUAUUGCCCCCAUCGUGCUGCAUCUCCACCACCACUCAGCAUGCGGUUGUAUAUAGUUGGGGUCCUGUCGUAGAGCUUCCAGUAGCUUCUAGAAUUGGCGUCGGUGCAAUCAUCAUUUCCCUCUCCUUCCUACUCGACUUUCUGUUAGGCUUAUCUGGAGUGGCUCGACAGGAAAAGAGACUUGGGGUAAUCAAAGUAAUUUCAUUAGUAUGAAGUUAUAUCUGAAGAAAUUUGAUUUAAGCACUGGAAUUUUCAUAGGGGCUUAGUUUGAAGUAUUUCUAUUAACCUGUUGAUUAGGAUUGCUGGCUUGAUUUUGACCUAGAGAUGUUUUUUCUAAACGCUUUACAAAUUAGAAAGAGCCAGUUGCCCAUGCUUUCUGCUGGAAAAAAAAAUUAAAACCAUUAUGAGGCGGUCCGACUUUAAUCUUGUUGCCAUCAUCUGUAUCUUGUUAUUGGCUCUCUGGAGUGCAGUGUUUUUUUUUUUCUGGUUAAACUGCGCGGGGAGAGAUGCUAUUGUAAGGAUAUACUAGUCAUCAUGAAGAGAAAUGUCAAUAUGUAUACUUGUCAGCGAUA